GAAAAAUGCAUCAGCUGAGCUGAGGUGAGCGGCUCGCGGCAGCUGACUAGUUAUCGCGAUCAUGUUUUAUCUUUGUGACUCAACCAGCAUUUACUCCUUCAUAUUAUAUCAACAACGUUUUCUGAGGACUAACUACAUUUCACAUUAACCAAGCAAGGCACAAGAAAUACUGCGUACAUAGAAUUGAGAUAUAUAUUUCGAAGGGAUAUAGUUGCACAUCAUCAGCAUGGUCAUCCUCGGCGGCCUUGAACUCCUCGCAGCAGGUUACCUUAUAAAACAACAUCUCAAACACAGAGAGGAGAAGCAGCGUCUCGAGAAUGAAGCUUUAGACCUCGAUGAGCAGUCUUAUCGCAUUUAUUCUCCUGAUCGCGCUGGUCCGGGACAUCGAAGGCGGAGACAUUCUUACGACCGGGAGCGCGAUCGCAGUUAUGAUAGGGAUAGGGAUAGGAGUAGAGGGAGGGAAAGAAGCAAUGAGCGCAGGCACAGACGAAGAGAUUCGUCGGAAAGAAAAUACACAUAUGACAAAAGGGAGCGGGAUGAUCGCAGAGAUGAUAAGAGGAGAAGUAGAGAGGAUCUGAGGUAUACCAGUUCGCCACCACGAAAAGGAUAUUACGUGCCGCAUCCAGAGACGCAGAUGCGACAACAAGUACAUCCGCCCGUUGGCGCACCCUCAGCGGGAUGGGUCCCUCCACCGCCUCCUCAACAACGUAUGAAUAGCCCGCCUAUUACUACUACACCUCCCCCUUUCAAUCAUCAUUCUCAAACUCGUUACCCUCCUUAUCAAACAUCACAGCAACCUUUUCACCCAACGUUCGCGAACGAACCAUAUGCUUAUCCGCCCGAGAAGUUACCUGAGUCUAUGUUGAGGCCUGGUGCUCCCACUCGGCGUCGCUCAUCAUCUGCGCCGGGCAAUAUAUAUGAGAGUACAAAAGCGAAUACCUCGAGAGUUAGGAUUGUGGUUCCAGGAGAAGAUGAACUUACAAUUCCGGGCGAAACACAAGAUCCGCCACCUGCAUAUGAAGAGAUUAGAGGAAGACAUUGAAGAUAAAAUUGUAUACACCAUUUAGUCGCCUGGUUGCGAUAAUGAUCAUGGAUGAAUGAAGGAAGUCUGAGGACUUGGAGUUAGUCAUGCGAUAAUACUUGCAUCAUAUGGAUUUGAACUUAUUGAGUUAGGUCAGGAGUUUAGUAUUUUUUUUUUUGGAAUAUCCAUUGGGACAGAUUGUUUUUUGAGGAAGAAUAUCACACACGGUUAUUCAUGGAUCGAUUUAUUUUGGCACAGCUACUCGAUGCCGGCCACUGGUUUUGACGCGUUCUCGCACCGCUUGUAGGAUAGAAUAUAUCAGAGGCAAGGACUUCAUCUCAUUUUGGUAAAAAAUUACAUGGAAAUGAUUUACUUAUCA